AUGAACUUUGACGUCGAGACUGUCCUGUCUCAACUAACACAAAACGAGAAAAUCGCGCUUCUGUCCGGCAUUGACUUCUGGCACACAUUUCCCAUCCCCAAGCACAAUGUGCCAUCCAUACGCUUUACCGAUGGCCCAAAUGGCAUCCGCGGCACAAAAUUCUUUGCCGGAGUGCCUGCUGCUUGCUUGCCGUGUGGAACAGCACUGGCAGCCACUUGGGACAAGCCGCUGUUGAAGAGAGCUGGAAAGCUCUUGGGAGAUGAAUGCAUCGCCAAAGGCGCUCACUGCUGGCUUGGGCCGACCAUUAACACGCCCAGAUCGCCGCUGGGUGGCCGUGGCUUUGAGUCGUUUUCGGAAGACCCGUAUCUUUCUGGCAUACUUGCUGCUUCCAUGAUUCUUGGCUGUGAAAGUACAGGUGUUACUUCCUGCGUGAAGCACUUUGUAGGCAACGACCAAGAGCAUGAGAGACGAGCGGUGGACUGCCUCAUUACUCCACGGGCUCUGCGAGAAGUAUAUCUGCGGCCGUUUCAAAUCGUGGCCCGAGACGCCAAACCAGGCGCCAUGAUGACUUCCUACAACAAGGUAAACGGCCGUCAUGUCGCCGACAGUGAAGAGAUGCUUCAACAAAUCAUUCGAUCAGAGUGGAAGUGGGAUCCGCUCAUUGUAAGCGACUGGUACGGAACUUAUACCACGAUUGAUGCCAUCAAAGCUGGUCUUGAUCUCGAGAUGCCCGGUGUUUCAAGAUAUCGGGGCAAGUACAUCGAAUCUGCUCUGCAGGCACGUCUCCUCAAGAUGUCAACCAUUGAUGAGAGGGCUCGAAGAGUGCUGAAGUUUGCUCAAAAGGCUGGCGAGCUGAAAGUCUCCGAGGUAGAGAGAGGGCGCGAUUUUGCAGAAGAUCGCGCUUUAAAUCGUCAAGUUAGCAGCAGCAGUAUCGUUCUUCUCAAAAACGAUGACUCUCUGCUGCCUCUACCCAAAACAGCAGGCAAGAUAGCGCUUAUUGGUUCCCAUGUGCGGUUACCCGUCAUCUCUGGAGGCGGCAGUGCCUCGUUAUUGCCCUAUUACUCAGUUUCUCUAUAUGAUGCCGUCGCAGAAGCCCUACCAAACGCCUCCAUCACUCACGAAGUGGGUGCCUACGCACACCAAAUGCUUCCUGUCAUCGAAGCAAUGAUCCACAACGCGAUAAUCAAGUUCUACAAUGACCCUAUUACUCUUGUCGACAGACAGCUUCUCGGAACAGAAAACGUUUCUUCAACAUCCUUCCAGCUCAUGGACUACAACGCCAUCCCAACACUAAACAGAGGCAUGUUCUGGGGCACAUUGCUCGGAGAUUUUAUUCCAACUGCAACCGGCACAUGGGACUUUGGUCUCAGCGUUUUCGGCACUGCAGAUUUAUACAUCGACGAUGAACUUCUCAUUGACAACACCACGCACCAGACCCGAGGAACUGCUUUCUUUGGAAAGGGAACUAUGGAAAAGAUUGGAUCAAAGGAGCUUGUAGGCGGCAAAACAUACAAGCUGCGUCUUGAGUUUGGCUCCGCCAACACCACGAAGAUGGAAACCACAGGCAUGGUCAACUUUGGAGGCGGAGCCGUCCAUCUUGGUGCUUGUCUAAGGGGGGAUCCUCAGGAGAUGAUUGCUCGAGCCGUUCAAGCAGCAUCAGAAGCAGACUACACCAUUAUCUGCACGGGACUGAGUGGCGAGUGGGAGUCUGAAGGCUUUGAUCGCCCACACAUGGAUCUACCGCCGGGCGUUGACGAUAUGAUCUCCCAAGUUCUCGACGCUGCGCCAAACGCCGUAGUUGUCAACCAAUCGGGAACUCCAGUCACCAUGGCCUGGGCACACAAAGCGAGAGCCAUUAUUCAGGCGUGGUAUGGCGGCAACGAGACUGGCCAUGGAAUCUCUGAUGUGAUCUUUGGCGCCGUCAGCCCCUCAGGGAAGCUGCCUCUGUCGUGGCCAGUUGAUGUGAAGCACAAUCCGGCAUAUCUCAACUAUGCCAGUGUUGGUGGUCGAGUCUUGUAUGGAGAGGAUGUGUUUGUUGGGUACAAGUUUUACGAGAAGACGGGGAGGGAGGUGUUGUUUCCAUUCGGACAUGGACUCUCCUACGCGACUUUUGAGCUUUCAGACUCUGAAGUCAAGACAGUUCCCGAGGUACUUCGACCAGGCCAUUCCAGUGUAGCGGUAGUAAAGAUUAAAAACACCAGCAAAAUCGCCGGUGCCCAAGUUCUCCAGCUAUACAUUUCAGCUCCCGACUCACCAACACACCGACCAACAAAAGAAUUGCACGGAUUUGAAAAGGUGUUCUUAGAAGCAGGCGAAGAGAAGGAGGUGCAGAUUGCCAUAGACCAGUAUGCCACUAGCUUCUGGGACGAGAUUGAGAGCAUGUGGAAGAGCGAAGAGGGGACUUAUGACGUUUUGGUUGGGACGUCGAGCCAGGAGAUUCUGGGCAGGGGGAAGCUGAUUGUGCCUGAGACUCGGUUCUGGCUUGGAUUGUAG